AUUUCCAGUAUUUUUUAUUUUUAUUUUUUCCUGUAAAUUUAAAAUUUUCCCUCAUCCCUGUUAAGAAUUCCAAAGAGCAUUUAAAAUAAAAACGGAAUAUUUUAUCAGGAUCCGAAUAGCCAAGAAAUGAAGAGAAUGGAGGAAACUUUGGGAAGAGAGAUGAGGAGCACAUCCUCUGUUUUUGUCUUGUAAUAUAAAAUAAAAAAUUUUGUAUAAUCAUAACAUUUAUCUUCAUAUCCCUUCUGUUCAGAUCUCCUUUUCGUCCAAAUUGCCGUUCAGAUUUCCUUAAAAAUGUCAAUGGAUUGAAGUUUUGAUUGAUGCAACAAUGAUGCGACAUUCUCUGAUUGAAUCCGACGUUUCUUAGUUGGCUUCUGAUCAAAAUCUGCGACUGAGGUCUGCCUGAUUUUCUUGAUAAGAAAUGAUGGAACCGGAUCUCGGUAAAUUAUUCAUUGGUGGAAUAUCUUGGGACACAGAUGAAGACCGUCUUAAGGAGUAUUUUGGAUCGUAUGGGGAGGUGGUGGAGGCUGUGAUCAUGAGAGAUCGCAACACUGGUCGUGCUCGAGGUUUUGGCUUUGUGGUUUUUGCUGAUUCUGCAGUGGCUGAACGAGUGAUCAAGGAAAAGCAUAUGAUAGAUGGAAGAACUGUUGAGGCAAAGAAAGCUGUUCCUAGGGAUGACCAAAACACAAUUAGUAGAAACAAUAGCAGCAUUCAAGGAUCUCCGGGUCCAGGUCGCACUAAAAAGAUAUUUGUGGGAGGGCUAGCCUCCACGGUUACCGAGAGUGACUUUAAGAAGUACUUUGAGCAGUUUGGUACUAUCAUGGACGUGGUCGUGAUGUACGACCACAACACUCAACGACCAAGAGGAUUUGGGUUUAUAACUUACGAGUCUGAGGAUUCAGUGGACAGGGCAUUGUAUAAAACCUUUCAUGAACUCAAUGGUAAAAUGGUUGAGGUGAAGCGUGCAGUUCCAAGAGAACUUUCUCCCGGUCCCACCCGGAGCCCUCUGAUUGGAUAUAAUUAUGGUCUCAGUAGGCCCAACAACUUCCUCAACAGCUUUGCACAGGGAUAUAAUCUGAGCUCAAUCGGAGGGUAUGGUGUCAGGAUAGACAAUCGGAUCAGUCCAGUUCCCAGCGGUCGCACAGCAUUCUCUCAAAUCCGUAACCCUGCUUAUGGAAUGAAUAUGGACCCAUCAUUGAACCCAAGCUUUGCAACAGGUUCCAAUUUCAGUAGUAAUGUUGGUUAUGGGCGGGUUGUAAGCCCAUACUUGAGUAGCAAUUCAAGCAGAUACAAUACUCCCAUUGGAUAUGGCACUGCCAGUAACCGCAGUGAUUCCUUUUUAAGCUCACCAACAAGGAACCUUAUUGGAGGAAAUGGGGGUCUUAACAGUUCAAUGGCUCUUGGCAGUCCGGGUUCAUAUUUGGCUUCGGGUGGUUUUGGAGUAUUUGGAAAUAAUGGAGCAACUUGGGGGACUUCUAUAUCUGCCGGGAAUUCAUCACCCUAUGCUGGUGGGAAUUUCGGAUUCAGGAGUGGGGAGAAUAGUUAUGGGCUUGGUGGAGGAAUUGGACGAAAUAAUCCCACAUCUGUAGCCACAAACUCUUCAUUUACUACACCUAUUGGUGCAUGUGAAGGGUCUUAUGGGGAUUUAUAUCGAAGUGCUUCUGCGUAUGGAGAUCCAACAUGGCAAGUUAUGUCUUCCGAUACCAAUGGUUCUUUUGGAUAUGGGCUUGGGAAUCCAGGAGCUGCCGCUGCCAAAGACUCAGAAGGUUAUGUUGGGGCUUAUAAUAUUGCAAAUAGACAGACUAAUAGAGGAAUUGCAGCAUAGCAGGUGUCAUUAAUUGGGAUGUAUGGAGAAAACAUUACUAGUAGAGACAUUACCGAAAUGGGCAUUGAAGUUUUACAUACACAUUCCUCCUCGCAACGCACAUUUCAGGAAAUAAGCAGAACUGAUCACAUAUAGAGGUAACGCGAAUCUUGUCAAAGAGGAUGAAAGCAUAGAUGUUCUGAUAUUGGGAAGAGUUUGAAGGGUUUUUCAUGCCAAGGCGCGUUUAAGGUUUCACUUUUUUUUUCCUUCCUUUCUUUAUAUUACAAGUGGUUGUUUAGGCCCCCAUUCUAAGGGGGAUUUAGUACUUCUUCUAUAUAUGACGUGCUGUGUGUGUACCGAUCCCCAAAACCGAACGAGUACCACUGGUACUCCAUUGAGAGGUAGAGUUUGUUUUUUGAUUGAUCGAUGCAUUCUUUUUUUCUUAUUCUUCCUUAAGAACAUCUUCUGUUCUGAGCGACAAUCUCCUUAAAUGGUUUUUUUUCAUCAUCCUAUAUUCUCAGUCUCUCUCAGUUUGUGUGAGAUGCUGCUUUGAUUUACUGGUGUGGAGCAAUAGAGGGAUACCAUGUAA